AUGCCUUCUAUUACACGGACUCUGGCCUUCUCGGCCCUUCUGGCUUUUGCCAACGCUCAGGGUGUUGUCCUGAAGGCUGUCGGUGACAAGGGCGAGAGUGCACCUCUCCAGGUCGACACGAAGAACCCUGCCGACAACAACUUCAUCUCCGACGCUGAGAUCAGGGAGAACAUCGUCAACGCUUGUGGAAGGACUGCUGCUGGUAACAUUGAUAUUGGCGAGACCUCCGAGAUCAACCUGUCCAAGAAUGCCGUCACCAGCGUCAAGAAGGGCAGCAGCCUCGUCCUCACCAUCAAACAAGGCGGUGCCAACGGUGCGGGUCCUUUCGACUGCGACCUGGAUCUCACCAACAACUCCAACGGUCUGACUGGCCAGACCAAGCUUCAGACCAAGGAGACCAAGAAGGGCGACAACAUCGAGGUCACCACCACGAUGCCUAACGACCUGAAGUGCGUUGGUGGCUCCACUGGUGACCUUUGCAUGGUCCGCUGCCGUAACAAGCAGAACUUUGGUGGUUGCGUCGCCAUCCAGCAGACCGACACCACCCCCAACGUCAACAGCCCCCAGAACAUCAAGACCGGGGCCACGCUCAAGGGCGUCCUGGACCAGGUGAACCAGGACCAACGCGACUUGAAGGUCACCGUCGACGCCAUCGCAUCUGCCUCUGAGAAGGACCAGGGUGCCGCUGUCGCCAAGGCCCUGGUCGACUUCAACUUGGCCAACGGCGUCCUCAAGGACCAGAACACCACCCGCGUCACUCCCCCCGCCAACAACAACAACAACAACAAUUCAGGCAAGAACAACAAUUCUGGCAAAAACAAUUCUGGCAAGAACAAUUCUGGCAAGAACAACAAUGCCAAGAACAACAGUGGCAACAGGAACGCCGCCAAGAACAACAGCGGCGGCCGGAACAACGCCGCCAAGAACAACAGCGGUGGCAAGAACAACGCCGCCAAGAACAACAGCGGCGGCCGGAACAACGCCGCCAAGAACAACAGCGGCGGCCGGAACAACAACAACGCUAACGCCAACAACAACGCUAACGCCAAGAACAACAGCGGCGGCAAGAACAACAACAACGCUGCUGCCAAGAACAAAAACAACGCCGCCGCCAAGAACAACAAGCGCGAGCUGUUCAGGGAGAUCAAGAGGUCGGACGCCGAGGACGUCGAGGAGGUCCAGGUCAAGGCGCAGAGCGCUGCCGGAAAUGGGUUUUUUGACGACGAGGAGUAG